AUGCCGCCAUCCCGUUACCUCCGCUUCCCAUUCCCGCUCCAGCUUGGCACUGACAUCUGCGCCGUCCCUCGCAUCUACUCACUCCUCUACGACAAGGGGCCAGAGAACGGUCCACGCUUCGUACAGCGGAUACUUACCCAGCGGGAGCUCUCAGCUUGCUGCCGGCGCCAACCGACCAUCUACAAGGCAAUCUUUGGGGAAGGUCUGGACGAAGAAAAUGGGGAGAACAGCGAAGAGGAUACAUUUCAACUCCCCAGCUUGGAUGCGGCGAACCCAGACUACGGGACCAUACUAGGCAAUAUCAAACUCCCGCGGAAGAAGGCAGCCACGUUUAUUGCAGGCCGCUGGGCCGCCAAAGAAGCCGUGAAAAAAGCCCACUCGCACCUUUACCUCUCCUGGCAGGACAUCGAGAUCCUUCCGCGGGCGGAGCUCACGGAACAUGAGGUUCAAGUGCUAGGACCUGUAGCGUCGUGGCAUGCCGACGCGCCGCUGGCGGUGCUCCGUCAGUUCGAUAGCGCGCCUGAUCAGCCCCAGAACAGCGGGCGCUUGACCAUCCAGAUGGCGCUCGUCAGCAUUAGCCAUGAUGGCGACUAUGCGACCGCGACGUCGCUGGGGUUUGUGGGAGGAGCACCGUUGGAGUCUGCGCCUGCGCAGAGGUUUGUAUCGGGGUCCACGCCUGAGCACCAUGGAUUACAACUUGGAAGCCCAAAGUUAAGGAACGAGUCUGCUCUCGCGCCCGAGGUCACAUACGAGUCCCGGUCCCCGUCCGUGUCCGAGGAACGCCCCAAGCUAGACAACGGAAAACUGGAGCAGGUCAAGCCAGAGCAGGCCAGGCCACAGCAUGCCCAAUCGGCACACGACAAGCCUGCGGCUGAACUGGCCAAACUACACCCCGACCGCUCCAUCGAUCCAAUCCAGUUCACAGAUUACCGCCGCCACCUCCACAUCCUCGGCGACACCACGCCCCUACGCGGGAACCUUUGGGCGAAGCCGUGGCGGAAAGGGCUUCAUAAGAAGUUAACAGCGUGGAGGCCGGAAGAGGAGGGGGAAAGAGGUAAGGAGGAGGAGGAUGAGGGAGAGGGAGAGGGAGAGGGAGAGGGAGAGGGAGAGGGAGAGGGGAGAACUCGUAACCAUGGCAGGCUAGGAGUGUAUGAUGAGUAA